AUGGGUAAUAACCCGAUCUUUCAAAGUGCUGGUAACGGAGCUGAAGAUUCGAUCGAUUAUGGUGAACUUCCCGCUGGAAACAGUAUGGAAUACCAACUCAACCCAAUGAAUGAUAAUCACUCAAUGGCAUUUGACAGCGCAGGAUCUGAACACACUGGGACAGCUGCACAGAAUCAAUAUGGAAAGGCUGCAUCUUUUACUCAGACCAAUGAAACUACAUUAAGCAAAAAUACUCCAUGGGCUAUCAUCGGUGAUCUUAACAUCACAAUGUAUAACCAUGAAACGUCCACAAUCACAAGUCCCACUACUACUGAAUUUCCAGAAAUCCAACAAAUAAUUGAUGUUUCUAAUCUCUCUGAUCUUGGUUUCGUAGGAUCUAAAUUUACAUGGUCUAAUAGACAGUCUGGUGAUGACUUAGUUAUGGCCGGACUUGAUAGAGCCUUAGUUAAUGGCUUAUGGUUACAAUUUUAUGCUAACUCUAAGCUUACUCACAUAAAUGUUGUUGGCUCAGACCAUACGUCUAUUAUCUUAUGCACUGAAUCUAAUAGUCAUCAAGGUAAAAGGCCGUAUCGGUAUUUCAAGUGUUGGUUCAAAGACCCCACUUGUCAUGAGGUCAUAAAACAAUCUUAUAGGACCAAUUUCAGAGGCUCGCAUGCUUAUUGUUUCACCAAUAGAUUAAGAAAUGUCAAGUAUGCUCUUAGCAAAUGGAAUUUAACCCAUUUUGGGAAUAUUGACCAAAAAGUUAAGGAUUUGAGAAAUCAACUUCAAGUAUUGAGUAGUCAAUCUACUACUUCUCAAAACAUUGAGUCUAUUAAAAAUGUUGAAAAAGAUCUUGAACAUUGGCAAAAGGUUCAAGAAGAUUUUUAUGCUCAAAAAAGUAGGGAAGAGUAUAUUAAGUGCUUUGAUAGAAACACCAGUUUUUAUCACACCUCGAUUAACAUGAGGAAGCACUAUAAUCAUUUCUCUGCCCUCAAACUUAAUAAUGGUCAAUGGACAGAAGAUAGAGCGCAACUUGAAGACUUGCUUGUGUCUCAUUUUAGUUCUAUCAGUUCCACCUCCAACCCUUUUCAAGAUAGUUCUUUCUUUAACUGUAUAGACUCUUGCAUUACUGGUGAGGACAACGACAAGCUUUUGAGUCCUGUGACCCUACAAGAAGUCAAAGAUACUAUAAAGCAAAUGAAUUCCUGGUCUGCCCCGGGUCCGGAUGGAUUUCCACCCGGCAAACUCAUAUCCCCUUACCAGGCUGCCUAUGUACCUGGUAGAAACAUUCAGGAUAAUGUAGUCAUUGCCCAUGAGCUGGUUCACUCCAUGAAGAAGAUGCCUAAAAAGAAAAAGUGUGACCAUUGGUGUGAACUGAUCUUACAAUGCAUUAGUACCACUUCUAUUUCUAUUUUGUUAAAUGGCUCUCCAUGCAAGACGUACAAACCAACAAGGAGUUUGAGACAAGGGGAUCCAUUAUCCCCUUACUUAUUCAUCAUUUGCAUGGAAGCGCUGUCUAGAUAUCUCAUCCAAGCUGAAAAUAAUCAGUUGAUCCAUGGCUUUAAGGUAACUAAGGAUGCCCCUUCAAUUUCGCAUCCCUUAUUUGUUGAUGACUGCCUUGUUUUCACCAAGGCUAGCCAUCAGGAGGCCGAUAAUAUGAUGUCUCUCAUCAAAGAUUUUGGUUACGUUUCAGGUCAAGUAAUCAAUUUUCAAAAAUCUGGUUGCUUUUUUAGUAAGAAUGUUCAUCCUGAUGUGUGUGUUUCUUUGAUUAGAUCUCUUAAUGUUAAAAAGAUAGGCCUAGAUGACAAGUACUUAGGCAUCCCUUUAUUGAUUGGUAGAUCUAAAAAUCAAGCCUUUUCCCAUCUUGUCAAUAACUUUGAUAGGAAAGUUCCCAACUGGAAGGGAAAGAACUUUACUCAGGCUGGUCGUUAUGUCAUGGUCCAAAAUGUUCUGAGAUCGUCUCCCAUUUAUCAUAUGAACACAUUCCUCUUACCGGAUAAUCUCAUUCACAAAAUGGAUCAAAAACAACGAGACUUUUGGUAG